UGAAAGGAUGAGUUACCACUCUUUCUUAAACAAACUAAGGUGCAGUGUUUGGCCAGCCUACAAGAGAACAGGUAAGGAGCUUAAAAUAAUUUUCAAACAGUAUUUAUGAUGCCUGUGGGUGUUUAAAAUGUUUUAACGUGUGUAAAAUCUUGUUUAUAACGGCUAUGCUUUGAGUUAGGUUAGAACUUUGCCAAAUGACACAUGGUUAAAUUGACCUAUAGUCAUGCAAAUAUUUUAUUUGUAUUUGGAAGGUUUUAUGUUUUGUGAACAGAAUACUUGAGAGGGGAAAAAACAACCCCAUUGAGUGAUGGCAGUCAUGGCAACUUUAAAGUCCACUCAGAUCACAUCCCAUUAUGUUUGCAAUAGCCUACGAUUUUAAGAGAUAUAUAUAGUUUAUUGCUUAUCUCAGACAUAAUAUUUGGAGUUUAGACAUUAACCGUAAUAAUGAUCUGUACAGUGGCGAGCUGAGACUAAAUGUCUUUACAGUAGAAUCUGAACCAGAAGAUACAGCAGCUAAAUAGCCUACGUUAGGAUUGAAUGGGAUUUAUGGGAGAUUUGCAGUGGAACGCUGUUUUAUAAUGAAUGGGGUUUUUAUUGGUGCGCGUGCUUCUAUAAUAAAUUACGUAGGUGACUGGAGCUGGUUCUUUGACGCGGCGUGGCCUGCGGUUGACGGUGAAGACGGACUCAUGUAGACCACAAGUGUCCUCAGGCACACGGUGAUGAUAACCUUAUUAUUUUUACCAAGUAUACUUUUCUGGUGACUUUAGCGGCGUGGCCCCUAUUUAAUCCCCUAUAUUUAAUAUAUUUAAUUCCCUAUAGUUAUCCUUGCUGCGAAAAUGACGUUCAGCCCAGGCUACGGUAGAGUGCUAACCGCAUCGGAUGGAGCCCUCUUCUUCUCAGUCUCAAACAUCGGUCAAUCCGAUGCACCAUUUCCUUAUGUUGAGGCCCCAGUUGAUGGAUUCUGACAUGGACUAUGAGAGGCCAAAUGUUGAGACUAUCAAGUGUGUGGUGGUAGGGGACAACGCUGUUGGGAAGACCCGCCUUAUCUGUGCCCGGGCCUGUAAUGCCACACUCACUCAGUACCAAUUGCUUGCUACACAUGUACCCACUGUCUGGGCCAUAGACCAGUACAGAGUUUGCCAGGAGGUUCUGGAGCGAUCUAGGGAUGUGGUGGAUGACGUCAGUGUGUCGCUGCGGCUCUGGGACACGUUCGGGGACCAUCACAAGGACCGACGGUUUGCGUAUGGAAGGUCGGAUGUGGUGGUUCUGUGUUUCUCCAUCGCCAACCCCAACUCCUUGUACCAUGUGAAGACCAUGUGGUACCCUGAGAUCAAACACUUCUGCCCCCGGGCUCCAGUCAUCCUGGUGGGCUGCCAGCUGGACCUGCGCUACGCUGACCUGGAGGCAGUCAACCGGGCACGACGGCCACUAGCAAGACCCAUUAAAUACAAUGAGAUUCUACCUCCAGAGAGGGGCCGUGAGGUGGCCAAAGAGCUGGGAGUGCCGUACUAUGAGACCAGCGUUGUGGCUCAGUUUGGAGUAAAGGACGUAUUUGAUAACGCCAUCCGGGCCGCCCUAAUCUCACGACGUCACCUGCAGUUCUGGAAGUCACACCUGCGCAACGUGCAGCGGUCUCUCCUCCAGGCCCCCUUCCUGCCUCCCAAACCCCCACCACCCAUCAUCACUGUGCCACCUCCCCCCACCACCACUGAGGAGCAUCCUGUCCGUCUUCUAGAGGACCCCCUGUGUUCCGAUGUCAUCCUGGUCCUACAGGAGAAGCAGAGAAUCUUCGCCCACAAGAUCUACUUGGCCACGUCCUCCUCCAAGUUCUAUGACCUCUUCGUCCUGGACGCCCGGUCUGAGGAGACCGAGCGGCCCCCCUCGCGCCACCGCUCGUCUGGCCGUGAGAUGCUGAUGCGUGCUGCCAGCUUCGAUGUAUGUGAGAGCCCUGACGAAGGUGACAGGGCCAACCUGCGGGCCUGCACCAGUGACGGCACUCUGAGGGAAUCUGUAGGGGGCCGGAGGGGCAGACUGCUGUCUACCUGGAGCAGGGCUUUUGUCAGCAUCCAGGAGGAGCUGGUGGAUGACCCAGUGACCUACAGCCCCAGGCCUAUGACCGUGGUGCACAUGGACCAGUCCAUGCAGCUGGGGCCCUUCCGCGCUGUGCUUCGCUACCUGUACACUGGUCAGCUGGACGAGCACGAGAAGGAGCUAAUGCACAUCGCACACAUUGCUGAGCUGCUGGAGGUCUUUGACCUGCGCAUGAUGGUGGCCAAUAUCCUUAACAACGAGUCCUUCAUGAACCAGGAAAUCACCAAAGCCUUUCAUGUACGGCGCACCAACAGAGUCAAAGAGUGCCUGGCCAAAGGCACCUUUUCUGAUGUAGUGUUCAAGCUGGAUGAUGGAACGAUCAUGGCCCAUAAGCCCUUGCUCAUCUCCAGCUGUGACUGGAUGGCAGCUAUGUUUGGGGGGCCCUUUGUGGAGAGCUGCACCAAAGAAGUGCUGUUUCCUAACACGACUCGCAGCUGUAUGAGGGCUGUGCUGGAGUACCUGUACACUGGGCGCUUCUGUUCCCGCACUGACCUGGAUGCCAUGGAGCUCAUUGUUCUUGCCAACCGUCUUUGCCUCCCACACCUAGUUGCACUAACAGAACUCUAUACAGUGACAGUCCUGAUGGAGGCUGCUAUGAUGGGGGCUGAUAUUGACGGAGAUGUGCUGUUAUACCUGGAGAUGGCUCAGUUCCAUUGUGCCCAACAGCUAACUGGCUGGUGCCUUCACCACAUCUGCACCAACUAUAAUAGUGUGUGCCGCAAGUUUCCUCGAGACAUGAAGGCCACGUCUACAGACAACCAGGACUACUUUGAGAAGCACCGCUGGCCACCAGUGUGGUUCCUGAAGGAGGAUGACCACUACCAGAGAGCAAGGAAGGAGCGGGACAAGGAGGACUACUUGUACCAGAGGAGGCAGUGUAAACGCAAGUGGCUCUUCUGGAACUUUCCCUCUUCUCCCUCUGCCAACUCCGCCUCUUCUGGUUCCAAUGCUGUCGUCUGAUUGGCACUCAGGUUACAGGCAAGGCCCUCUGUGGGGAUCUGUAGAGAUGGCUUGGGAAAGUGGAGAAUCAGCACUGUUGGCCAGACGCUAGGCCCACUCAUUCAGGCCCUCACCUCUCCCUCCCUCAUUUCUGUUUUGCAUCUGCAGCCAAGCUACACUCCCCCAGGUUUGCAGGGUCAGCUAAAUCCGAUAAUGAACGUAAUUACUCUCUUUCUUUUUGUGUUAGCUUAUCCAUGCAAAGACAAUGAAGCUCAAACCUUAAAGAUCAGUGACUUAAACCUUAUAAACAAGGCAAGGUAGAUGGUGCUGAUGACUGCUCAAUAUGUUGUUGAUAUUCCUGCAUACACCACCAGGGGGAGAACUGAGCAAGUUAUGAAGGGGCUUGGCUUCAAGGUAUAGAACUGUGAUCCUAAGCUCAUGAUAACCAUUGACUGACUUGAAUUGACAUCCAAGUGCUUAUCAGCUGCAACAGACAUAGCAAAGACCAAUAACCAGCAAAGUAACACAGAAAUCAAAUCUCAGUGAUAACACUUUCUUGCCCUUAAGUGUUUGCACAAUCUACCAAACCAGGAUGUGUACAGUACAAUUAUAAUCACUCAACCAGAAAUAUCAACAAAAUGCAUUAGGUCUGCAUUAAGAUGAAUCUAUUCAAGUCAUAUAGGACAUCCCCUUAGAUCAUCUGCCUACUGGAAACCACUAAGUCUGUACAGAAUUACGACUUAAAUGACAACAGCGGAGAUUUGACUCCUGUCCUCUUUUGUACAGUUAUUGUAUCUUGCAUUUUUCUGUACAACUUGCACAGCUGACAUUGAUGUGAGUGUAAUACACGACCCAUGUGUUGUGACGUAUGGCUACAUGUCAGAAAAGGGCUUUCUUUUACACAGCCACGUUUGUCUUUUGACAAGAUGCAAGAGAACCUGAAUCACAGAGUAUUGUUCAGCAUUUGCUUUUGAAACGCACAACAAACAUAAACAAAGCUCACCACACUGUGUUGCAACAAUGGAAUAGCUUUGCACUACCAAGUUUCCUUUUCCUUAAAAUCGGCAAUUGUACCUUAUCAGGACAGUCUGAUAUAAUUAUCCACGUAUCUUGGACCCCACAGCUUUAUGUUGAAUGCCACUAUCAACCGGACCAUUCCACAUUAUAGCAAUGGAUCUGGUGCAUUUCAGAAACCAUAAGGCCAACUCUUGGACUUGGAGAAUCCACAUGUACAGCAGUUCCCCUCUUGGACGGUGGUGUCUUAGGCUUGUCUGUCUGUAAUGGCAGUGACCUUGCCUUUUAGAAGUUUGACAUUAUGCUUAUAGGGUAUCCCUGUGAUUGCAUGUCAUUGGUCAUUUCAGACAUACACAUACAGGAGACUGUCUCGUGUCUGGGUCUCAUCAUUCAUCUAUAAACUCCUCCUCACACCCUGCUACUGGACUCUUCUCAAGAGAGGUGAGAGCACCACCUGUAUGUAUCAGCAUUCUGAUGAGAAGAGCACCGAGGCCAUUACACUACUGGACACACAUGUCUGACAAGCUUCAAACAGUCUAAAUGAGCUUGGAGAGAUGAUCAUAGGAUGAGAAAAAUAACAGCACUACAAGACAAUCCUCGGUGUACGCUGAAGAGAUAUCUGAAGAGGAUGUUUAUAUCCCUGUUGUAAUUUCAACAACGACAACCCACAGUAUUGUUUUGAUUUAAAAGCAUGGUGCUCAUUCAUUAUUGUGAGUAUUUACAGCAGGUGUAUAUCAAAAGUGGAUCACCGAUUUCUAGCAACACUUUACGUGAAGUUGUCCCCAUUGCAGUGCCCUGGAAUUACUAUGGAAUGCCGGUGGUGACCAGAAUUAAUAACAAAACUUGACUUGUUUCACACACAUAAUUAUGAAUGCUGCUAACUUAUCAAUGAAAUUGAAAAUCCAUGUUGUUUUGUGCUAUUUGGGCAACUUAUUGUAAGGUGUGAUAGUCUACUAGAUUUUGUUUGUUUUAUGGAUAGUUUUUUCAGAUUUCUCCAGUGCUUGUGCUGACCUCUGGUUACAUGUAUGGUAUGCAGGCAAACUGCUUUCAGAUCAAAAGAAGUGGCUCUAUGGCUUGAGAAGGAAAAUAUGACAUGGAGCACCCUUCUAGCCAAUAUACAUUAUUGUGAAGAAUUUACUUGUAAUAUAUAUAUAUAUAUAUAUAUAUAUAUAUAUAUAUAUAUAUAUAAAUAUAAAAAUAAUAGAUUGUAGACAUAGCUUUUAGUAAGAUAAUGUAAGUUACUUGUAGGAUAUUGUUCUCCUUCAUGCACUUAGAAAAUAUAGCCUACAUCCUUUAUGUCUUCACUAAAAUGAGCUUCACAGUAAUUUAAAUACCAUGAAUCCACUUAACAUGAUAUCUCAGAAUGUUGUUUAAAUGCUCAAUUAUACAAAUAGACUGCAUGUACAAGGCUCAUAUAGAUGUGUAAUCUGUAAUUUAAGGUAUAGAUUAUAAUAUAUGCCAUUUAGCAGACGCUUUUAUCCAAAGCGACUUACAGUCAUGUGUGCAUACAUUCUACGUAUGGGUGGUCCCGGGGAUCGAACCCACUACCCUGGCGUUAAAAGCGCCAUGCUCUACCAACUGAGCUACAGAAGGACCAGUGCAGGAGCACAAGGCAGUAUUUUUAGAUCAAGUUCAUAUGUGAUUUGUUGCUAUAAUCUAAUUGAAAAAGGCAGGUUUGACAUAUGUAUCUUGUAAAAGGAUGAAUCACUUGGCAUACCAUCCCAACUCCUAAUCACUUGGAUCAUUCUGUAUUGCACUGGACAUCCGAGUAUGUAGGCUUGUUUAGUCGUCAAUGUUCUGUUUUUACCAAGUAAUGUUUUGGAAUUGUUUGUCUGUAAAAUGGUUUUGUUGUGUUUUGUCAAAUUGGUAAAUGCAUCAAUGAACCACUGUCUCACUUUGAAAUAUUGUAUUAAUCAUAUAUUUGAUCAAAUUUACCCUUAGAAGAUUUAUGUUUUGAUUCAGACCUUUGUUUCUUUUUUUUCAGUUUUGUCCAUUCCACUUGACAAUCCGCAUUUACAUGCUGUGGUUGAAAUGCAUUUGAGUAUAUCUCAAUUAGCCCUCUUCUGCUAAUGCACUGCAUCCAAGAAGACACCUCAUGCCUUAAUGUAUAGUGUGUGAGAGACAUUGAAUGUAGAUAUUGUUACUGUGGUCACUAGUUUGUGUGUACUAAAGAUGUGUCAAUGUACCAUGGUACUGAAGGCUUUGUUUAUGUGUAAGUGUACAUAUCUGAGUGUGGCAUUAAUGUGUGUACACUUGAAAGCAUCAUGAGCCUGUGCUUUUGUUAGUUUAAACAGUGUUUUGGUUGAAUAUGUUCAUGCUCUGAAUGGAAUGUUUAGUAGUAAACCACUUUUCACCACACCAAUAGACUAACAUGAUGACAAGCCCACUCUAGGCAACACAUUAAUCAAUUACAAAAGUCAGCACAUCCCCAUCAAAUUAAUGCAGAGAAUACCAAUUCUAAUUUGUUUUCUGAUCAUUAACUUCACUAUGGAGAAAUACCAGUAUUAUCAUUACAAUGGAUGGCAUUGACUUGGUGUGGGAAUUAAAAGUUGGGAUUAUAAAUCAAAAACAUAGAUAAUGGCCAAUUGUUAUAAUGUGGCCGAGCUGUACAUAUUUCAGCAUAGAUACUGGCUGAUUUUGUACACUAUGCAGGACAUAGGCACACCAGUGUCGUUUAAACCAUACAUGCACAUUGCAUUAUGUAGACUGAGAGCCUUAGCUCAUAUCCUUAGAUGAGUAGGCAACCUCAGGUGUUAAUUGCAAAUAUAUUAUGACUAGAUAAAAAGAAAAGUUCUAACUCAGAACUUUUAAAGCCCUUUUCCAUGUGUUUAGGUGCUAUAUCACCGCUGCAGAGAAGCACAAACCAAAGGGAGCUUGUAGCAGUACCAGGACACCAAUCUGCUGCACAAUCAGUUGCAUAGUUAUAAACAAGACUUGUAUUGAAUGGUUGAAUUCAAAACUUGAAUCUUUUCUCAGUGUUUAUAGCCUGGUCUGACAUUUUUGCUCGUCAACAGGUAUUUAUUUGUGUUGUUCUGGAGAGUUACAGAUGUUUGUAUUGUUUGUUAGGAGCUGUAGAUCUGGAGUUCUGUAGCAUGUGUUCUUGAAAUGUGUAAAUAGUGUUUAUGUAAUAAAUAUAAAGUAGCAGCCUGCACACAGA